AUGCCCGCAAUGCUGGAUGACCCGGCCUCCCCGCCCAUCUAUAGGCAGUCGGGACCCCAGCCAUUUCCCGCACCGAACAGUCCUUUGCCCGAGCAGAUCAAGCCGCGAUCCUUAAUUCUGCGCGACCGUACGACCAAGGCAUCUCUUAUUCCUUUCUCUUCGUAUGACCAGGUUCCUCUUUCUCUCUUGUCGUAUUUGUGCCAACAGCUCAAUCGUGAGAUCGAGAAGGGUGAUACAUACCCAAUGAUGGAACUGUUCACCGAAGAGAAGUUUGGUCCGUACUGGUUCCAGAAUUUCGGUGCCGUUAUGCUGCUCGGGGAAGUCCAGAGCCAGGACGAGGUGCGUCAAAUGGCUGCCGAUGGCGCCAAUUGGGAGAAGACGUGUCUCGGGAGCUUCUAUGUGAAGCCAAACUACCCUGGUAGAUCCAGCCAUAUCUGUAACGGGGGUUUCCUCGUAACGGAUGCUGCUCGCAACAGGGGCGUUGGCCGACUCAUGGGAGAGAACUACCUCGAAUGGGCGCCCAAGCUGGGUUACACUUAUUCGGUCUUCAACCUCGUCUACGAGACCAAUGUUGCGUCCUGUCGCAUUUGGGACGCUCUUGGUUUUAAGCGUAUAGGACGAGUCCCGGCUUGCGGCAACUUGAGAUCGAGCCCGGAACUUGUGGACGCCAUCAUCUACGGCAGACACCUUGGCUAUUCUCCCGAAGAGGCCGAUGCCGAAGAGCGCUUUGAGAAGAUCAAGUAUUACCUCAAAACCGGCGAAUAUCCCGGCGACGCUGAUCGUGCCGAAAAGUCCAGACUCCGCAGCGCAGCAGCCCACUACACUCUAGCGAAGAGCGACGAUAACGGUGUUGAGAAGCUAAUGAUGGGAAAGAAGGAGGUCGUCAUCAGUCCCAAAGAACAGUACCGUCUUGCUCGAACGUAUCAUAGGGAAAGGCAUUUUGGCAUCAACAAGACCACUUCGGUGAUUAGUGAGAAGUACCACUGGCCGCGCAUCAAGCUCACUGUGACGGAAGUGAUCAACAACUGCGACGAAUGUCAGGAGAAGGACCGCAAGAAAAGGCGCUCCUCUGAAAAAGCAGAACGACCUAGGGCCAACCUCAGCAAGGCAGCCUCGCUUGGUGCAGAGGAGGCCGUUGAGGACCUGCCCAGCCCCGGUGACACGCAACCUAAUGUCAUUGAUGGCGGAGAGCAUGUUCCUCCGGGCGUAGAUGCCAUGAUGGUCGACCCUCAGAUCAUGAACAGGGAAGGGCUGGCCAACGAGCAUGAGGAACGACUGCGGGAGAGUCUGCUCAGUGCGGGGUACGGGCGCGCACAUGCAACGUAA